CUGUCAUCCGUAACUACAGCACUGUGGCCGUGCUUCACCUGUCUUGCCACCGACUAAGAUCUGCCGCCACUCAUGGUGAAUUCGCCGGCCACUUCCACUACUCCUAAGAAGACCUGUGUCCAGUGCAGGAUCCGAAAGGUCCGAUGCGAUGGACGGCCCGACUUCUGCGCAAAUUGCAAACGGCUCAGAUUUGAUUGUUCGUUCCAACGCUCGCCAGAUGAUACCUCCAAGAACAGAAGACUGAAACAGUCUUUAAGUGUGCCGCUGGAGAAAAGGCGAGUGGCUCUAGCAUGCACUCGUUGUAGGUCAUUGAAAAUUCGCUGCCAGGGCGAGAUUCCAGCAUGUGCAAACUGUGUUCGACGAAAGUAUCAUUGCACUUAUACUGGCCUGAAGAAGCCUGAAGUGACGCCUCCUGUACAAUCGUCUGCCCAGGAUGAUUAUGCAGAAGAAGAAUCUACUGCAACAUGCCUCCAGCCCGAUCUCGAGCCAGAGAAAAAUCUGGACUCCGGGCAGCCCGCCAUGCCGGAUUGUCACACAGUUAUGACUUUGAUCGAGGCUUACUUCGACCACCUCUACCCGCUGCCCGAGUACGCGUUUCUGCACCAGAAGUCUCUGGUCAAAAGGUACCUGGAGGGCUCCGUGCAGCCCUGCCUGAUCCUGGCAUUGUGUGCACUCACCGCCCAACGCCUAAGACUCCAGCCAUACUACCCAGAAAUGGUUUCCUUGUGGGGCGAAUGGGCGGAGAAUGACUUGAUGCAUAACCUUGAACUCCCUUCUAUACCUCGACUCCAGGCUUUGGUACUCAUCAUUCGAUACAUGAUCGAUACUGGCCGCUUUUCCAAGGCGUUCAUGCUAACUCCACUCACGGUAAGGGCUGCAGUAGCUUUGCAUCUCAGCCAGGAAAGGCCUGAUCUCCAUUUCCUCGCACAAGAGACGCGUCGAAGGCUGAUGUGGUCAUGCGCCUUGCUCGAUGGCCAGUUCUCGGUCGGAAUGAGAGAGUAUGAAACGUGCCCCCAAGAGGUGGUUCAAAUCCAGCUUCCGUGUCCUGAACAUGCUUUCCGAGACGGCACUUUAACGGUCACAGCACCACUCCGGUCAACUUCUGUAGCUUCUGUCGAACUGCUCAGCUUGCUUGCUGCGGCUAUGCGCAUCAGAUUCAUCCGAAAAGAUAUCAUGAAAUUGACUCGGAGACUUAAUCCACCAUGCAUCGGGAUUGUUGAACUGAUGCACACCAUUCGCCAAUAUGAAGAUGAAUUGCAACAGUUUUAUCAGAGCUUAGGAGAUUCUAAUCACUAUUCUCCGGGCCUGUUUCUUCAUUCCACCGAACCCGUGCGCCUACUUUUGGUGCAUCUGUCGUGGCACCAAGCGUAUUGUGACCUUUAUCGGACAUUCUUAGCGGGCUAUCACGAAGCCGCACCACCAUCCAUGUUGCAAGAAAUCGACCCACAGGAGAUCUACGAGCGACAAUCUCUAUGUUUGCAACACGCUAUGGCGAUCGUCCGUCUUCUCACCGAGUUCUCCGAGGGUUGCGCCGCUCAGGUUGUUGACUUUGAUACGGCUAUCUGCGCAUACCACAGUGUACGAUUGAUACUUUUCAUCGGAGGGAGCGAUCAAUCUACACACAGUUCGAAAUCAGAUGCAAUACAGAUGGCACGGCUCUGCCAGACCAUCCUCAAGAAGUUCUUCGCAGAUAUUCCAAUGGCGAAACCUAUUAUCACGGAUCUUGAUGUUCUCAUCACACAAUCGUGCGCUGCACAGCCGGGAAACAGCGACCGACUCCAACAGCAUAUGGAGAUUCCUCCCCCUGACAAUGAAGCUUCACAAGUGAGAAUCCGUCAACAGCUUGCCAUUCACAGCUUAAUCCGGCAAGCCAACCUUGACAAGGACGACGACGAUGACGGCGUGACUACGUCCGGUGGCGCUCGUCCCAACGUCGAAUUUCAACUGGGCGCGAUGCCACCCACACUAUCGAUACAUGGGACAUCUCCAGUCUUGGACCAUGAUACGCUAUCAGGGUCACCUUCCGCGCAAGGCCAGCAACGUCCCCAAAGGACAGUGACGCAGAGAACGAAGACGAUCGAUGCGCCAUUCCUAUUGUCCCAGGCCGAGAUGGCAGGUCAAAUGCAGGAUACAAUGAACCCCACGACCCAGCGUGGCAACCAUAGCCGCGACGAGGCACAGAACAGCAUGCAGCUCAUAUUCAAUCCGUGGAUGGGAUUUUCAGACUCGCUGGAGUCGUAUGGCCUCACCCUGUCUAUGGAUGACGAUUACUUUUGACCCUUCAUCAGCUGCGCUCUCUCUACCCGAAAAGAUGGCCUAGAUGUCUAAUGAGUUUACGCAACAAGAAUGAGAUUCAACGGCACAUCUCAGAUUAUGAGCACGUAUAGGUGCCGACAUCCCGCAUACUUCGCUAUACGAGUGAGUCCAUGCCUGCACGAGUGCGACUUAUGCCAAUAUGCCACCAGUCUAUCUGCAAUGCCUGGCUACCUGUAAAGCCAGGCCGCUGGGAUGGCCAUUCUCUAACCUCAAGCUCACGACUAUCUACACCAAAAGCUCUCCGCCAUUGUCGGCUUAUUUGCUGCAAGAGGUAGCUUAGCGAGGUAUCAAUUUGGGUGUGUUGGUGCUGGGCAAAGAGCACUCCCUACCAUUG